UGCUUUAAAAGUUUAGUCGCUGGGCUGUGGGCUAGGGGUGCUGACUGCCACAGAGCCAUGGCUAUCUCGUUUGGGGUGCGACGGUUGGGGCGGUUGCCAGCGAGGGUGAUGGGGGUGAUGGGGGUGUUGGGGGUUCGCCCAGCUUUAGCGCCUGUCCGGAGCCUGCGGAGAGCGGAGUUCCAGGGAAUCCGCCUGCUCAGUUCUACAGACAUUAGGAGCUGCAGCUCAUCACCCACUGGCAAACUCAGCUAUCUUAAAGGACCCACGGACAUUGAACUCAUUUCUAAGACAGUGGGGCAGUGCUUUGAUGACAUAGCCCAGAAGUUUCCAGAUCGAGAAGGCAUAGUUGUCUUACACCAGAAUAUCAGGAAGACAUUUGCUCAGUUUAAGGAGGAGGUGGAAAUCGCUGCCUUAGGGCUUCUCAACAUUGGCCUCAAAAAGGGGGACCGGCUCGGCAUGUGGGGCCCUAACUCCUACGAAUGGGUGUUGAUGCAAAUAGCCACUGCACAGGCUGGCAUCAUCCUGGUUUCUGUGAACCCUGCCUACCAGUCCCAAGAGCUAAAGUUUUGUCUCAGAAAGGUGGGCUGCAAAGCCAUUGUCUUCCCCACCAAGUUCAAGACACAGAAUUAUUACAAUAUUCUGAAGCAGAUCUGCCCAGAGCUCGAUACAUGCAGCCCAGGGGCAUUAAGGAGCAAAAAGCUUCCAGACCUGACCACAGUCAUCAUGCUGGACUCCAAAUUGCCCGGAACUCUACACAUGAAUGAAGUAUUACAGGCUGGGAAAGCUGCCCAGCUGAGCCAGCUGAGGGACAUCCAGAAAUCAUUGUCCUGCCAUGAACCCAUCAACAUCCAGUUCACCUCGGGAACAACUGGAAACCCUAAGGGAGCCACGCUUUCUCACCACAACAUUGUUAACAAUGCCAACAUGAUAGGGGCCCGGCUGAAUCUUCUCAACAAGGAGCCCCGGCUGGUCCUUCCUAGCCCCCUGUACCAUUGCCUGGGUUCUGUUGGGGGCACGAUGGUGUCCUUAAUGUAUGGUGUCACUCUCAUCUUGUCAUCUCCGAGUUUUGAGGGCAAGAGGGCGCUGGAAGCUGUCAAACAAGAGAGGGCCACAAUGAUCUAUGGCACCCCUACGAUGUUUGUUGACAUGCUGAACCAACCUGAUUUUUCCAGCUAUGACCUUUCAACCCUUCGAGGAGGUGUGAUUGCAGGGUCCCUCUGCCCCCCAGAGCUCAUCAAAGCCAUCAUCAAGAAGAUGAACAUGACGGAACUGACGAUUGCUUAUGGGACCACAGAGAACAGUCCAGUUACCUUCAUGAACUACCAUGAUGACAGCUUGGAAAGGAAGAUGUCUACAGUGGGCAGGAUUAUGCCCCACACAGAGGCCAAGAUCUUGGACUCGAAGACAAAGAAACAGCUGGAGAUAAACAUGGCUGGGGAGCUGUGUAUACGUGGAUACUGUGUCAUGCUGGGCUACUGGGAUGAUCCCACGAAGACAGACGCCACCAUUGACAAGGACAAGUGGUACUGGACAGGGGACAUUGCUUCAGUGGAUGAAGAGGGCUUUUGCAAAAUCGUGGGCCGUUCCAAGGACAUGAUCAUCCGAGGAGGGGAAAAUAUCUACCCAGCUGAACUGGAAGACUUCUUUCUCAGACAUCCUGAUGUGAAGGAAGCCCAGGUGGUUGGGGUGAAAGAUGAGCGGAUGGGGGAAGAAAUCUGUGCUUGUAUCUGUCUCAAGACUUCGGCCCAAGGACAGCUCACCCCCGAGGAACUGAAAGCUUACUGCAGAGGAAAGAUCUCCCACUUCAAAAUUCCUCGAUACAUCGUGUUUGUUAAGGAAUUCCCCCUCACUGUCUCCGGGAAGAUUCAAAAAUACAAACUUCGAGAGAGGAUGGAAAAGCAUCUGAACCUGUGAAUGGAGGGCCAAAGUGUAGAGGGCUCCUUUCAAGGCAUCCUCUCUCUGGCCUACCUGAAUCUUCCAUCCUGUCCUGAUUCCCAUAUCGCUCCUCUUUAACUUCACAUUAAAAGAUUCUGUUUUCAA